AUGAUCUACACAGCUUCCAACACAACCAGCACUUUUCAUUCAUUCGACGCCUUUUCAUCAUCCAUAUCAUCUUCGAUCAAAUGGAAACGUAGACUUUCCAAAAUUUCUACCAUCAUUCAUCGUCCUCAACUUCAACCCCACCGAUGGGACCCUUAUCAAUAUCCUGCAUCCGCCACUGUCAUGGCUGCUGCCACCGAGAAAUUUGCGACUCGUCAUCACCCUAGUUAUGCUGACCAGUAUUCUAGCCAUAGUGCUGCUGCUGCUGCUGCUGCUGCUGCUGCUGCUGCCAAUAUCGAAAUCCAUUCGGAGGAUUUGACGGCUAGUCAAUUCGCAUUCAUGGCAGGCAUAAAGACACAUAAAAGACAGGAUUAUCAUCAUGCACUGUCGAAUACAACGCUGACAUCAGAGGAGAUAUAUACGGAUGACUCUGAUGAGGACGAAGAAGACGAAGAAGAACGUCUUAAGAAGCAUCAACUCAUCGGUAGGGUAGAACACUUUCAUACGACCACGGGCAACAUGGCCACUUGUGCUUCAUCCCAAAAAAGUGCACCUGUCCUACCCAACUCUGUGAUGAGAAUCUGGGAUUCCCAUUUUUGGCAGCAGCCAGAAAAUCAUCCUCAUCAGCAGAAGGAGGAGCAAACAACAACAACGACGACGACACAUAAGAACGAACGUAGUGUUGUCCCUCGUCCAGUAAACAACGAUGCCUGCUUUACGGCUUCUCUUACCAACAGCAUGCUUCCUUCUUCCUGUGAUAUACCCUCUUCAUCUUCUUCAUUCUCAUCCGCCUCGUUGAACAGCGUAGUACAAACGCAACCUUUAACUCGAAAUCAGUCAGCGCCCUGCAGUACGGCUGCUCACCAGCCUCCUCGUGGAUAUAGUAGGAUACAGAAAGGAAGAUUCCAGAUUAUUUGGGGUCAAGAGGCUGAAUUAGAAGAGCAGCAGCCACCCUUGUCGUCCUCUAUCACCGCUCCUUUACCAUGCACAUCAUCGACAUCAUGCCAAAGUAGCAAUACAAGGACGAAAAACUGCGUCGAAUGGAAGCGUAAAAGAGCCAGCAGUCAUGGCCAUACUACGACGACGACAACGACGGUGAUGACACCUUUGUCAUAGAAAAAUAACAUAUCAUUCCCCCUUUCAUAGCAUUUUCACUCAAGUCCAUCAUUUCGAUAAACCCUUUCGCCAUUUCUAAGAAAAAUGUGCAUUUCGUAUAUAAUUCCUACCUCUCAUUUUUUAUGAUUUCUAAAUACUCUAUGUAUAUACUAUGCUGCUUAUGCCCUGUUUCCCGCUAGCCUAACUGCCGUCUUUUUUUUUUUUUUUUCAAAAAAAAACUUUAUGAUGUCUAUAAAAUCUUACGUAUAUAUUAUUGCUUUGUUAUCUCUUUUUCCACUCUUUGACUCACGCGCACCCUCUACUCUCUUUUUUUUUUUUUUUUUUUUUU